GGGAUCUAUUUUAUUCAUUCCCCGACAGGCCCAAGUCAAUGCACAUGAUGAACAGGAAUAUAUAACUAUCAGACAAUUCCACAGGUUCCAUGCAUUGAUCUGUGGACACUGCCCAUUCCACGCAAUACAAUACGCGCUCAUCCAAGCAUUCAGACACAAUCACCAAGCAUGGCUGGCGAGUGGAAAGCCCCCAAGUUUGGCAGCCCAGUGUGGUUGGGCAUCUCCGCGUCCAAUGUCCCGCGAGCCCGCGAAUUUUACGCCAAAGUCUUUGAUUGGACCUUCAAACAGCAUUCCACGCAGCCGGACGACCCCGAAAAACUGGCCAUGUUCGACUUCAACCCCGGCGUGUCCCUGUCUGGUGGGAUACAGAAAGCCCCAGAGUCCACUGGCGUGCUGCAACCCGGCGGCGCAGGAGUGGUCAUCUACUGGCUGGUCGAAGACCUUGACAAGAGCGCCGCAGCCAUCGAGGCUGCUGGUGGCUCCAUGCUCAGCGGGCCGGAGAAGGAAGGAGAAUCGGGCAUGUAUCGUUACUUCAAGGACACUGAAGGCACGACGGGCGGUAUCUAUCAGAUCUUGUCCUCAUGUGCAAACUAGUUGGUGGAAGAAGCAACUGGAUGAGCCGGUAUCUUCCUAAGCAUAUGAGGUGGUGCAUUUGUGGUAAUGGCUGGACAGCAUUGUUGGGACAGAAUGUGAACGGGACUUGAGAUUUUAGCAGAAAACAAAC